UUGUACAUAAAUAACAACGCGUUUAUCCACUGAACUACUUUGUAAGAUUUACUACGUUCUUGUCUACUUUUAUAUUGUUUUGAAUACUUUUACGGCUAAAUAUUAAUCAACAUGGCUCUCUGUGUCUGCAAAUGCUUAAAUGUUAUGUUAGAAAGUGAGAAAAUCGAAGAUAAUGUCGAUGUUGGGAAACUGGAUUUAUCUGCGGCGGAACAAAGAGAUAUUUUUUUCAGUGAGAAAUUGUUAUCAUCAUCAAUAAAUGAAAUAAAGAUCCAUGUGGCACAACCAGCACUGGUGGGACGUCAGUCUGUGGGUCGCUGGACGAUUGAGUCUUGCCUUGGAUGCGCACAAACAACACAUGCCAUAUCCCAUGACAGAUCUACUGUAUUAGUCUCUAAAUCAACCCAAACAACACUGGAGAAGGUGAAUAAUUUGAAAAAGUCUCCAAACUUCUCGCCAGUAUUUAACAUGUUAGUGCCGGAGGUGACAAAUGAUGUUGAAAUGAAAGAGAAUGUUGAUACAAAUAAUGUUAUAAAACAAAACAAUGUGUUCCCACCUACACUACAAGCUAUUGGUACACUUAGCAAACAACUCAGUCAGACAUUGCAGUCGCAGCUCGAAGCUGUAGAGGAAACCGUUCGACAGUUCAGAGAUCAAAAGUAUGCAGAGUUUGAAGCUUACAGAGAAAGGGCACAGAGGGAUCAUAAAAUUUUAUCUAGUAUUGUAAGCAAAGCUCGGCGUAACGUUGAGAACGACAAUUGGAGAACGGACUCGAGCCUAGACAACGGUCCGCCCUCACCGCUACUGCCUCCACAACAGAGACGAAGACUGUCAUCAAUCAAAGAUGCCAAAAAAAUACAAAAUAUUUCUAAGACGAACACGCAGCUGUCACAUGAAGAGGACUCUCUGGAUGCGGAAGACAUCUUCGACUUGGAUGGAAUGGACUCACAGCACAACAUGAUCUCUGAUCAAGAUGACUAUGAUUCGGAUCAAGGCAGCAAUGACGAGGGCAUCCACAUUACGCGUCCUCGCGGCAUGGCGCCUGCCAACAUCGCGCGCUCGCUGCCCAUCACCGUGCCCAACUUCACCAUGGAGCGUACACCAGUUAACGAAAUUGACGACUAUGAGGAGCCGCAGGACAUUGCUGCGAGCAUUAAGGCUCUGGCGCGCUCGGUGCACGGUGACGUGUUCGAGUUGCCGCGCCCUCGCUUCUCCACGCAGAUCUAACUCGCUCCGCCCCCGCGAUGCGGCGCCCCGCCCUACGCCCCCCGCGACUCCGCCCUUCCUCUGUCAGCCGUUCGUAUUUGUAGCGUGUAAGGACAUUCCUACUCCACAGAGUCGAAUCUUUCAUACAUGUCUCGGUGUUGUGCAUAGAAUUUGUUGUUCAAUGUGUCCGAGUUGUAAUCGUGUGGAACAUUGGUGCUUAAGAUAUGUGAUCGAAGUGGCCCUAAGUCGCCAGCUCGUCGAUGGUGUUUCGCGAGUGACAUCUGCAGACUGGUUGGUUUUAAUGUAUAUUUAAUUACUCACUGACAAAAAAAUGUUUAUAAUAUAUCAUAGAAUUUCAAUAAUUUUGACAGGGUGAUUCGAUGAAUAACACAACUAUCAUUUGAUGUUAGUAAGUCGUACACACACAAUUGUAGUUCGUAAGCGAGAGGCUAUGAAAUGUUGUUAUCGUAUGUAAUUGUAGAAAGGCAACCAAAAAAAAAAUUAUAAUUUUUGUUUAACAUUUGUGAAUCAAUCCGCAAAUGAAAAGUACUGAUUUGCCUUAAAACUAUUUCUGACAUGUAAUUGUGUGAAAGCAUUAUUUCACUGGAUCAACAGUAAGCCAGUUUGCGGAAUGUCAAAGAGCAUUUUUCGGUGCAAGAUUUGUUUGUUAGUCUAAAAAAUGUGUGUUUUUUCGCCAUUAAAUGUAAGAACUUUUUGCGAAUAUUGUACUGCGUAAUAUUUUAUAUGGAGUCUUCAGGUGCUAUUUUUUGCAGUAAGCUGUAGGUAUUUUUGAGUAGUUAUAUUUUUUUGAUAUACACACAUUUGUCAAAACUAAAGUCAUUUUUUUGUAUUUAGUAUUAAAAAUGUCUCGUUUAGGUAUUGCUUAUGAUUUGUUUUUUGUAAGAGAUUGCAUAUAUAAUUGUAAGAAAUGACUUGUAUUGACCGAAUGCUCCGUGACAAAGUAACGUAAGGCGUCAAUUAUUCGUGUAAGGAGAGUUGAUCUGGUAUAAUUUUGCAACGUGCAUGUAUUUGUCCGUGGCAAUAGAAUUUGUUAUAAAUAUAUAUAUACACGUUUAAAUAUAUAACUUUACAUCUAAGUCAUAUCUCUGUUAAUAGGAACCAUAGAGUUUUCUAUUAAUUUUUACGUCGUGUUAUCUUAAUGCUAAGUGAAAAUGUACAAAAAAUAUUAAAACUUGCAUUUCUUGCUAGUCUCCUAGGGUCAGGAAUAAUCAAUGUAUCUGUUCAGUUUGUGGCAACUCGUAGUAUAUGAGUUAAAAUCAUGGAUUCGUAUAGUACAUAGUUUAUUAUUUCCUAUAUGAAUAACAAUCAUAUAAGAAUGCCUUUAUUUUUGUACCCGAUGUUUUGAAUGUUUAUGUAGAUGUGACGAAUGGGUCCGGGAGUGGGCUUCAGUGGAUGAUGAUUCUGUUUGUGUCGUUGUGCUUCACAGACUGACGUGAGGAGAGAAACAGUGUCUUCCAGCAGCACUGCUCUAUAAGAGUUCGAACAGUUCGUAAUGUGAUGCAGAUCAGUUAGUUUUAUUGUACGUGAAACAUGAUAAUAAUAAAACUAUAUUAUUGUUUCUUUGGUGUGACGAUCAUGAGAUGGACUUUGAAUGUAAAGAGGUUUAGUGAUUAUGCAAUAAAAUUUUAAUGUGA